AUGGCGGCCCGUUAUGACCGGGCAAUCACCGUCUUCUCACCCGACGGGCACCUCUUCCAAGUGGAGUACGCACAAGAGGCAGUAAAGAAGGGAUCCACGGCGGUUGGAAUUCGAGGCACUGAUAUAGUUGUGUUGGGAGUAGAAAAAAAAUCCGUUGCCAAACUUCAAGAUGAAAGAACCGUAAGGAAGAUCUGUGCCCUUGAUGACCAUGUCUGCAUGGCUUUUGCAGUACAUGUGAUCAGGGUCUUCAUUGGCCUAACUGCUGAUGCUAGAAUAGUAAUUAACCGAGCCCGUGUGGAGUGCCAAAGCCACAAACUGACUGUUGAGGAUCCAGUCACAGUGGAAUAUAUAACACGUUUCAUAGCAACAUUGAAGCAGAGAUACACACAGAGCAACGGACGAAGACCUUUUGGCAUUUCUGCUUUAAUUGUGGGUUUUGAUGAUGAUGGUAUCCCAAGGUUAUACCAGACCGACCCAUCUGGUACCUAUCAUGCUUGGAAGGCAAAUGCAAUAGGCCGCAGUGCUAAGACUGUUCGUGAAUUUCUGGAAAAAAAUUAUACAGAAGGCACUAUAGCAACUGACAGUGAAGCUAUCAAAUUGGCAAUAAGAGCACUGCUAGAAGUUGUUCAGUCUGGUGGAAAAAACAUUGAACUUGCUAUCAUAAGAAGAAACCAGCCAUUGAAGAUGUUUAGUGCCAAAGAAAUUGAAUCUCAAGUUGUGAAUAUAGAAAAAGAAAAGGAAGAAGCAGAGAAGAAAAAAUCAAAGAAGGUGGUUUAA